AUGCUCCAACCGCCACCAAACGCUGCCUACAAUGCAUGUCUCAUCAUCGUCAACGGCGUCCAACUGCAAUUCAUAGAAGCUUUCAUCUAUCUGGGCAGCGCUCUCUCUCGCAGCACCAAAGUCGACGAUGAAGUGGUCUGCUGGAUCUCCAAAGCCAACCAAGCCUUCGGUCGCCUAGAAUCGUCGCGGUCUCCUCCUCAGCACCAAGCUCAAGAUGUACAAAGCUGUCAUCUUGACGACGCUGCUGCACGGAGCGGAGACCUAGACGGUGUACAAGAAGCAGGCGCGGAAGCUCAACAACUUUCACCUCAGUCGCCUUCGGCGGAUACUAAAGCUGAGGUGGCAGGACCAGAUCCCGGACAAGGAAGUACUAGAACAAGCAAAAAUCCUGGAGAUUCACGCUAUGCUGAGACAACUGCAAUUGCGUUGGAGCAGCCACCUCGUGCGGAUUGA